UUAGUUUUACAAGAAGGUAACCUGAUCAAAAACAAGGAAGUAGAAUACCUGUGUAGCACUAAACAAUGGCGUUUUCACAAUCCAUUAGAAAAGGACAAAUUCCUGUAAGUUGUGGAUUAUGUGAAACUGAUAGACCUAUUAAAUGGAAGUGUUUAGAUUGUGACCUUUUAUUGUGUAAUCAUUGUAAGGAGAAGGUACAUUUAAGAGUAAAAACUGCAAAGGAUCACAGAAUAAUCAAUAUCAAAGACAUUGGAUUAUAUAAAGAAGAACUAGAAUUUGCAAACAUUCCCUGUCAGGACCAUGCUGGACAAUAUACCUGUCUUUAUUGUAAGACAUGUGACACUCUAGUUUGUCCAUCCUGUGUGUCAAAAGUUCACAAGAAACAUGAUCUAACAGAAAUUCAGGAAGGAUAUGAUAUGAAAAUAGACAAGUUGAAAAAAGGACAAAGUAAAAUUCAAAGGGAGAGGAAAGCAAUUGUUUCUAAAAAAGAACAGCUUCACCAACUUUUAUCAACGGAAAAUUCUAAAUACAGCCAGGUAAAGCAAGAUGUUCUAAAGCAUGAACAAUCUGUCAAAGCAGCUGUUGAAAAGUAUUUUAAAGAACUCAGAGAUAAAUUGGAUCAGAAUCACAACUCUGUUUCUAACACAAUCAAAUCUGACUUAAAUGCAGUCUCAGUUAUUCUAAAACAAGCUGACAAUAAAAACAAUGAAGUCCAGGAAUUCAUUCAAAUAUGCAAUGUCUCCAAGUUCUUUACAGAAGUAAACAAUUUAGAAAAAUCUUUUGACAUCAAAAUGCCCCAACCAAGGUCAAGUUAUGUAUCUAUACCACACUUUGUUCCAGGGGAGAUCACUCAGGUUAAUAUUGGGGUGUUGGAAUAUGAUGAAAAUCCAUCUCUUCAACCCCAUAUUAAUCUGGAAAUAAAUAAACAAUAUCAAACUGAACUUGAGACUGUAACAUUUGUAUGCUCCUCUAUUGAUCAGUCUUUCUGGAUAAGUUCUGGUAUUUUUGGUUUAGUUCAAAAAGUGAAACCUGAUGGAACCAAACUGAAGAUACUAUCCAAGUAUAAUAUCAAGGUCUAUGGUAUGGAUGUUACUCAAUCAAACAAUCUACUUAUAUCUACAAGAGGAUCAAGACUAAAACAAAUCAGUAGUCAUACAGGUACAGUAACAGACUCAGUAUAUGAUGUGUCACCAUUGGAACCUACAGCAGUCUUUACCACCAGUGACAAUAAAGUUCUAGUAGGAGGUGGUAAUAAAGAAAGAAGAGUUGUAAUACUAAUGAAUCAAAAUGGAGACCAUGAGAGAGUGUAUGAACAUGAUCAACAUAAACAACCUAUAUUUAUCAAUCCCUUCAGAAUAACCAGUACCAGUAAUGGGAAUAUUCAUGUGGUGGAUAGAGUAAGUGAUGACAGAUCUAGAGUAGUAGUGUUAGGACAGGGUGGUGAUAUAAUCAAUAUAUAUACAGGACAUACAGAGGUCAACAAGGACAGACCGUUCAGACCAUCAGACAUAGUGACAACACCUAGAGACAAUGUUAUUGUAGCUGAUCUGGAUACUGAUACACUUCAUAUCCUGAACCAUGCUGGCCUAUUGAUGACAUAUUAUAAAACAAGUGACAUAAACAUAAUGGCACCAUCUUCUCUUACAUUCUCUCCAACAGGACAACUCUACAUAGGAUGUAGUAGACCAGUAAGUAGUAGAACCAAGGAGGCCAAGUUAUAUGAUGUGUCCAUAUCAGGAUGUUAAAACAUCCAUAUUUUUAUGCUUUAUGGUAAACCAGAGUAAAUUAUAUGUUUGCUGACAGCAACUUGUGUGAUUUUUAAUUAGCUAUAAUAAUUUUAUAUAAUUAUUUUUGUCAGGCAUUAGAUUCAGGACUAGAAAACAUAAUUUUAAAUAGUAAAAACUCAAUUUAAAUCAUCAAUGCAGGGGUUCAGAUUUUCUUUAGGCAAUGGAAGGUCCAGGAACUUUGAUUAAAAAGACGGAAAGGUCCUUCUUUAUUCUUAGAAGAUCCAAUUUUAAUUGAAAAUUAAUUUAAUAAAAACAGAUAAUACUUACCCUUCCAAAGCACUCAUCACGUCUUACUACAUUUUGUAAAUCAACUGAAUUUUUUUCUGAACUUCUAAAAUAAAUUCAGUCAGAAAAAGGCUUCCCCUUUUUCCCCAACACUAUAUGCUGUGUUAAAUAACACCUUGUACCGUUUUAUUUGUUUGAGUUUCAAAUGCUGCUUAAGAACACACUGGCCUAACUUUUUGUGAGAUAACUGCUGAAUUUUUUUUUAAGAACUUGGAGUCAGUUUCUUUUAACCACUGUUUUUGGCAAGAUAGACGCUGGAAAGUAGUUUCACGAUUUUUUAUGGGGUCAAGUUUUAAGUUUUUUGUCCAACAAACCAGGGCACCUUCCCUUUCACUGUGUGUGGGAUAAACCAGUUGCCUCAUCGAAAUCCAGCCAAGGAUGAUUAACCUUCCAUUAGGCCAUUUGGGGCAAACAUUUAUGUUCUUGCUUUUCACUUUCAUACUUUUGGUUUUUAGUCAGAUCCUGUCUUUCUGGCUGCAUUUCAUCAAUUACCCCUGCUGUAUCACCCGUUUCAUUAGGUUUUCUUUUGGAAGAGGUCACCCAAAAACCAAAAAAUUUUGUACCGUUUACUAGUAAAGUUUGAAUAAUAUAUUCUUGAGUUUCCCGGUAUCUUGUACAACAACGAGUCAUUUGACUGCACAUCAAAUCAAUUGUGAAGAAUUUAAGCAACCACAUAAGUUUCCUUUCAAUAAAGUUACAUAUUUUUUAGAUUAUUUUUAUACUAGAUAUUUAUAUUUUUUGUUUAAAAAUGCUUUUGUUAUAUUCUUAACCUGCAAAAUAUGAAAGUCUGUUGGGUAUAGCUAACUACCGGUGGGAAGGUCCCAACCCAAAAAUGGAAGGUCAGGGACCUCGGAUCACCCCUAAAUUGAACUUCUGUCUAAGGUCUGAGAUGUGUUCCACUAUUUUAUACUCCUGUUCUACCUUAAUACAAGACAGAGAAAAGCCACAUUUUCUGAACUGAUUUAACGUUACACCAUAUUUGUAAUAGCAUAAUAUUGCAACUCAUAUUUUUGCUAAUAAUUCACAAUAUAAUUUUGAUUAUCUGAAUAACAUUUCUUACUUUGUGUGUAUCUAUUUAUUGCUAUAUUUUUUUUUAUCAUAGAAUUCUAUACAUUGAAUCAAUAAUUUGUUUGAUUCAUGAUAAUUAUAAAUGUACAUGGAUUAUCUUUGCUUGUAUCUUAGCUAAUACCAUUAAAAUAGACAGUUUGUUAAGAGUUAGUUACCCUUAUCUAGCACUGAUUAAAUAAUUAUAUCAUGUCUGAUGAUUUUAGCUUUUUUUCUAGUUAUAAUUAGCAACAAACAGUGUGGUCAUAUUGUGGUAUACAUAUUUUAUAUCAUGAAUAAUAUUGUACUUGUUUUCUUGAAUACAAAAAAUAGUUGGUGUGUGAUUAGGUUUAACUGCACUUUCUAUAGAAUUGAUCAGUGUCAUGACAUCAAAUGAAUUGGUGGGAAAACACUUGUAAACCACUAACCUGUACUGGUUAUUAUUGCAUGUUCUUUUAUGUAUGUUUUGUGAAUCUACUUAAAGAGGAUGAGGGCUGAGAAUUAAAAACGGCUCUAAAGAGCCUGUGUUGCUCAACUAAGUCUAUGUGCAUCUUCAACAAUGAACACUCUCCAACAAUUAGUAAACUUGAAUUAAAUUCAUGAUUAAAAUCUCUUUGCUCUAGA